AUGAUACGUUUAUAUAAUUCUGGAGAUCGAUCAACGUGGCUUUUGGGCGAUUCAGGUUACGGCUUGGAACCUUGGCUGAUGACACCGAUUACAAAUGCCCCAGAAGGAAGUGCAGAAGCACAGUAUACACAAUGCCAUUCAUCUACCAGAAAUUGUAUUGAAAGAACGUUUGGAGUGUUAAAGAACACAUGGAGAUGUCUUCUUAAACAUCGUGUGCUACAUUAUAAACCUAUUGUAGUAUCAAACAUAGUCAUAACUUGUGCUGUACUUCACAAUAUCAGACUCCAUUAUAAACUUAUGAAUAGAGAUUUCGAUAUCGAUGAAGAGGGUGAGGCUGAAGCUAUACGAAGAGCCAUGCUUCCAGAGAAUCUCGAAGCAUGUAAUCGUGUUAGAUUACAGGCACAAGAAAUAAUUGACAUUCAUGAUAUGCACUUAAAUCCCGGAAAUAUAUUAAUAGAAGCAAGAAGAACACAAAGGAGAAUUCUUCGCAAUCAAUUUGGUUUACGUGAAGAUGACAGAUAAUUUUCACAGAUAAACAUGUUUUAUUUUAUCAUUGUACACAUUUAAUGCG